UUUAGAUCAGACUUAGAAAUUGGAUCUCCAGAAAUAUUUUUUUUUCUUGCUUGCCUUUCAGGGCUUCCGCAGUUUUGCUCUCAGGGCCACCGUACAAAUCUGGCCUGAACACCACCAAGCUGGCCAGCGGGGCUCAGCAGAGGUUAGAGGAUAGGUGUUGAGGGACCACAAUAGUUUUGGUAUUAGAUCAAUUUAAAUGUGAAUAAAUGUAAAUACAUUUACGGUGAAAUUUAAAGAAAGCCUGCAAUACCACUACAAGGCAUGCCCCAUCUUAUAUGUGAAUGACCCUCCGCGGGCAUUCUGGCUUUCAUCUGUUUCUCAUUCUGGCAUUCUUAUUUUCUUUCAACUGUUCAAAUCUAUGUCACACUAGCUACUUCGAAGGAAAAAAGAACUUUGAAGGAAAAAGUAACUUUGAAGAAUAAGAUAUGAUGUUAAAUGAGCAUUUAAGGCGCAGAAUUUGCAUAAAGAAUGAAGAGUAUAACUAAUUAUUGACAGAUCAAAACAACCUGUGAUUUAAAAAAAAAAGAUUUUUGCAAAUGAUAGUUUAUCACAUCAUUAAAUUUAUAUGUUUUAUAAGAAGAAAAUAAGAAAACAAGAAAAAAAAUUCGACUUAAACUUUGAUACUUCGGAUCCAGUCUCCAUUAUUUAAAGGUCAUUGAGAAGAAAUUCUUUUCACAAAUUGGCGCCCAACGUGGGGCCCCAAUAGCUGUUCUCCUCUGGAAGCAACGGGACUGAAAAAGAUCCUGCAUGAACACAACCAAAGACCUUCGCCAUGGAGUUCUUAAAACCCCGUUUUGGCAAAGAAGGCCAGGACCAGCUGAGAGAGGAGACAGUGACAGAGUCAACCAAAGAAGGAGAUGGACUGAAGGACCCCGCAAAGAAGAGUGAUGACAACUAUGCGCCAUGUGGGCUCCAUCCGGAUCCUCCGCCUUACCCCGAACCUCAACCUCCUCCUCCUCCUGCACUACCUACUGCUCCACCGACUCCCACCCUCUUACCCUGCAACCUCUUUGUGGAAGUUAACAUCACCCCACGGAGAGGAGAGACGCUUCCACAAGACCUUCAAUCUCCUCUGAGAACACAAAGCGAGGGAGGAGAGGAUGGGGAGACGGUGAGAACAGAGGAGCGGACGAUAGAAGAGAUAUAUGCUACAAUUGUGGCAGACCUGGUCACUAUGCGAGAGACUGCAGAGCUCCAAAGAGGAUGGAAAGAUGGAGGGGAGGAGGAUGAGGGCGAGGAAGGAGCAGAGGAGAGAAGCCCAGGCAGGAAGAGAGGGAAAACUUUGGAAGCAGGUCAUGCACCCACACAGACACACACAUGUACACAAUCAGAUAAAGAGGCAGAGGUAGAUGAAAUACUAUCACUACAAACAGCUGAAAUUUUAUUGUCACAGGAGGGGACUAAACCAUGGAUAGUAUUAAAGGUGCAAGGGAAAUCAAUAACUGUCUUAUGUGAUUCUGGAGCUUGCAGAACAGUUUUGCGACAUAACAAAACAGGAACAGAUUUUCCCUUAAAACCAAAUAGCGGGUUGAGGGUUAGGUCAGCCACAGGACACGUGACUGUUGAACCAUUGACCGAACCUUUAAAAAAAAGAGAUCCUAAAACAAAUAAAAACAUAUUUGCCUCAGUGGUAGUAUCACAGUUGUGCCCCGUUAAUUUCCUGGGAAGAGAUUUGAUGACAAAAUUAGGAAUAGCAGUAGUACUGGACCAAACUGGUUCUGGUAUGAAAGCAUGCCGUGUAAAUUUGAAAACAGCUGUUAGUGAUGAAGAGGACGAAGUAGAAACAUUUGUGCACGAAGGACUAACAUUAAAUUACUGGUACAGCUUGGAUUUAGUUCAAACUGGGCCAGGAAGUGUAACUCAAGAACUAAUGAAAUUGGUAAAGGAUCACAUUCCUCCAGCUGACAUGAAAAAUGUUGAGAUGUACACACCUGAAGAGAUACAUUGCACAAUGUACUUCCGAUACCAGCAUGGACAAGACAGAGAGUAUCAUGAAAAGUUUCUUAAAGAGCCCAGCUGCAAAAUGACUCUCACUGAACUAUACUGGGACAAAAAGGGAAAUUGUGCUUGCACAGUGAGCCUCCGAGAAUCGGAAGUGAAACUGUUCAGAGGGGGCCUCACACCACACAUUUCCUGUUCAAAAACACUAAAUAUAAAGUGGAGAGAUUUAGGUGAUUUUGUCUCAAAAAUAGAAAGAUCAAACUGUGAGUGGCAAGAGGUGCGGGAAAGAGUGCUAUUUGCACCUGAACUAAACGUGUAUUGUACCCACUUAAACUGGGCGACACAGGCAGUCAAGGCCGUUCACCUCAGUGGAGAAACCAACCUAAACUACACUGUUGCUUGAUUUAAUCUAAUUGCUGAAGAAGAGUUAGAGCUAAACAAUCUACCUCAAAAACUAUGGUCUAAAGGGCCAGCUGAUGUGGGACUUAUUAAAGGAAUACAACUAGUUAAAAUAACUCCAAAAGGCUCUUACAGGCCGUAUCAGAGACAGUUUCCACUUAAACCAGAGGCUGAAAAGGGGAUUGCACCAAUAAUACAGAACUUACUAAAUGCAGGAGUUAUCAGGGAAUGCCCAGAUGAAGCAUGCAACAAUUUACUCCCCCAAGAGGGAGCCAGCUAUUAUUGUACAUUGAUGACAAUGAUCGCGUCAGAAAAAGAACAGGAUUGCAAAAUUGAUACUGUUGCGCUGUUAGAAUAUUUAGCAGAACAGGGUCACAAAGUAAGUAAGAACAAAUUGCAAUUAUGGAAAAAGGUAGUGAAAUAUCUAGGUUUUAAUAUCUCUCUUGAAGGCAGACACCUAGAUGAAAAUAGAAAAACUGCAAUACUACACGCACCCAAACCAAAAACUAAGAAACAAAUGAUGUCCUUUCUAGGAAUGAUUAACUUCUAUAGAGCGUGGAUUGUAAACUAUGCUGAAAUAACACACCCACUUCAAAUGCUUAUUUAUGAUUAACCCAUGGCAGUUAAUGAUGUUAUCACAUGGACUCCAGAGGGAGAACAUGCGUUUGUACAAGUAAAACAACUGCUAGUGAGUUCAGCGGUCUUAGCACUCCCAGAAUAUAAAAAACCAUUUGUACAAACAUGCGAUGCUAGAGGUAGAUUUAUGUCCAAUGUGUUAACUCAGCCCUUUGGAGGAAAACUUAGACCCGUAGCGUAUUACUGAUCUAAACUAGAUCCAAUAACCAGAGCAAUGCCACAGUGUUUGCAAGCUGUACAGGCCGCAGCCCUAGCGAUACAGAGUUCAGCCACAAUUGUCCUUUUUCAUCCAUUAACAUUGAAAGUGUCACAUGCUGAAGAUGCUUUACUAACACAGACAAAAAUAGCCUUCAUGUCCCCAGCUCAACACCUUAAUUGUAUGACCAUCCUACUCUCUCAGCCUCAUUUAACUAUUGAAAGGUGUACAACUUUAAACCCGGCAACGCUACUACCAAA